AUGAGAUCACUGAAGGCUACUGGUGGUUUGACACGUGGUAGUGGCAUGACUGAGGAACAACGCUCACUAUGGACCAUGUCUAUGCCUGUGACCUCGGAGUAUAACAGUGCAAUGCAAGAGUUCACACACCUCUCAUUUACCAUCAGUAAUCAGCACAAGGACUUAAGUGAAGCUAGGAUCAAGAGAGACACAUCUGACGGGUCGAAGAUCGACGAAAAGCUUGCAACUUGCACACCAUUUUCUCCAGAUCCUUCGUUGAGAAAUGUGGUGAAUGGUGUAGUGGCUUCAUCAGAAGUGAAUGUACAUGAAUAUGAGUCAGUUGGGAAGAAAAUCAUGGCAAACAUGAUUGGACAUGCUGUUUUCACAGUCUCGUUCAAAAGGAAAGACAAAGCUACGACUUUGGGAGAGAUAUCGAAAGUGAAAAUUGCACCUGAACAAACCAUAGAUGCUGCCUUGCUCUUUCAGCGGUUCCUGGUAGUUUCAAAAACAGGGGAGCUUGAUCUAGAAGAGGUGAUGAGCUAUGAGCUCAGUCCGUUCCCACCUGCACUUUUUGAGGCUAGGAAUAUCUUCCGGAAGGCUGAUAAGCCCAGCUAG